UAGAGUUACGAGCGCGAAUCACCUGUCACAUCGCUCGAGCGCACCUGUUGCAUCGUUCUAGACUUUUUGUCCUCGCCUUUAAUCUUUUUGGUUUUUACAGUUUUGUCUGUAUCAGCAAGGUCGCUUGCAAAUCCCGCCGUGUCUCAAAGUUCACAUCUGUGAGAAAACAGAUUGAGAUGGAGCCUUGAAGAAGCGUCAGGAGUUUCUGGAAACGGGAGGAAUUAUCUGCGAAGUGAAGAACGGGACCGUGGACUGUCUCUGCUGAGGGGUGGAUGUCUUAGAACAUGAAUGCUUUGGGGACCCCAAUAAAACCAAGCAAUGGGGUGGCCAGAUCGGACAGCAAGAUCAGUGCCAAAACCCUCUUUGAGCAACGAAAGAAGUACUCAAACUCAAACAUCAUCAUGCAAGAGACGUCGCAAUACCAUGUGCAGCAUCUCUCUACAUUCGUCAUGGAUAAAUCAGAGUCCAUUGCUACAGUAGAUGACGCGAUCAAGAAGCUGAAGCUGCUGGACUCCAAAGACAAAAUCUGGACACAGGAAAUGCUGCUGCAGGUGACGGACAAAUCCAUCAAACUCCUGGAUUGCGAGACCAAGGAAGAGCUUGAAAACUUUCCUCUGACCACAGUCCAUCAUUGUCAGACGCUGUUGAACCAGACCAGAUAUCCGUCCGUCCUUCUGCUCAUCUGUCAGGACAAUGAACAACACAAACCAGACAUUCACUUCUUCUACUGCGAUGAAGUGGAGGCUGAGAUGGUGCACGCUGACAUUGAUAGCGCUCUGGGAGACAACACACGUGGCAAGAAGACGCGACCGCAGACGCUGAAGAUGAACCAAGAAAAGAUGAAACGCCAACGGGAGAGCAUCAUCCCGGCCUCUGAGCCUAGAAGUCCUGGCCCUGGGGUCAAAGGUCGCGUAGCAGCUACAGACAUGAAAGAUGAACUGUCCAUGCAGGACCCCGAGUCCAAUAUGAAACUGGCCCAGAGGAUCGAAAAGGACGUGCAAAUCCUGAACUGCACUCUAGACGACAUCGAGAUCUUCGUUGCACGUCUUCAUAAAGCGGCAGAGGCUUUCGCACAACUCAACCAGCGCAACAGGAGCAAGAAAAACAAAAAGAGAGGACCGGCAGAGGGAAUGCUAACUCUACGAGCUAAACCUCCAUCAGAAGGCGAGUUUAUCGACUGUCUCCAGAAGCUGAAACUCUCUUUCAAUCUCCUGGCCAAACUGAAGAACCACAUCCAGAACCCCAGCGCUGCAGAGCUCGUGCACUUCCUGUUUGGACCUCUGGAACUGAUACUGCAGAGUUCUGGCGGUCCCGAGCUGCCGCGUGCGGUCAUCUCUCCUCACCUGUCCCGGGACACAGUGGACUUCCUGAGAGGACACCUGACUCCCAAAGAGAUGACCAUCUUUGAGCUGCUGGGAGACGGCUGGACGCGGCCCAGAGCUGAUUGGCCGAAAGAUCAGUGUGCUCCUCUGUACGUCCCAAAGUUCCGGAACGGCUGGGAGCCGCCGCUGGAACUGUUCCGCUCGUCGCCGUGGGAGACGGAGACCGCCGGAGCACCGGUGCAGACAGAAUACAGACCCAAAGAGUUCUAUGGAUCACAGUCAUCGCUCUCUUCAAACGGGUCUUUCUCAACGUCUCCUGCUUCUCGCAAGUAUGCAAAGAUCCGCUACCACUUUGUGGCACGGAACGCAAACGAGCUGUCGGUGCUUCAAGACGAAAUUCUGGAGGUGUUGGAGGAUGAUAAGCAGUGGUGGAAGCUGAGGAAUCGAAGCGGACAGGCGGGAUACGUGCCCUAUAAUAUCCUGGAUGUGGUAAAACUGGAGGACCCUCAAACUAUGAUUGACCCGCCAUACAGUCCAGCAAUACCCUACAGUCCGCCAUACCGAGGACAGUCGCCCUCCGGCUCGAUGGGCAGUGACAAAGACAGUCACACUCAACAUAUGGAGAAAGUGAACGAUGAGCUGCUCAUGUUGAUCAGUGGAAACAAGGUCCAACAGCCCACGAGGAACUUCAAGGUGGUGCGUCAGUCUACUGUCCCGCUGGCCUUCGACUCCAGUCCGGCCGAGGUCACCACCUGGCUCAAGGCCAAGGGCUUCUCCAAACCGACGGUGGAGCGUCUGGGCAUCCUGACCGGCGCUCAGCUCUUCUCUCUGAAUAAAGAUCAUCUGAAGACUGUGUGUGGAGACGAGGGAUCUCGUGUCUACAGCCAGAUCACCGUCCAGAAAUCACAACUAGAGAAGAGUCGAGGAGACACAGAACUGCAGGAGAUUCUGACUAAACAACAAGAGAAAAUUUCAUCUGCCCCCUAAACACGCUCACACAGACUGUCAAUCAAACAGUCACCUGGCAACAGUAACCGUCAACCAAACCCACCAAUGACCAAACAACUAAUCCAAUAUAUUUUUUAAUUGUAUAUUUAUUGUCUGUGCUUUUUAUUAUUAGUGUAUGUUCGGACCUUAUUGUAAUUUAUCCACAUAUGUCAUCUCCUUCAUGCUGGAAAAUACUUACUACUCUUUAUUGCAUGAAAACAAUGUAUGGGUGAAUCUCACGAAAACAUGUACAGGUCAUGCUUCAAAAUGAAAAGAAAAAUUAUAAACGAUAAAAAUAAAGGACUAUUAACAUUUUAUUUUUUGCAUUUUCAUGUCAUUUUAACCACAAUUGCAAAUAGAUUAGAUGUAAUUUUCAAUUAUUAAAUUUUAUAUAUAUAUAUAUAUAUAUAUAUAUAUAUAUAUAUAUAUAUAUAUAUAUAUAUAUAUAUAUAUAAAAUGAAUAGCAGUAUAGUGACUUGUCACUUCAAAAUCAAAAGAAAAAUUCUGAAAGAAAAAUUACUAUUUUGGGACCUUUUUGCAUUUCCGUGUCAUUUUAUCCACUGCUUCCCAAAUGCACACAUUUUGAGUUUGUCAUUUUUGAUGAUUCCUGUUUUAAGCUUAGGUGAAAUGCAAUACGUACAGUAUAGUGCAAAAAUGUAAAUUUAAGCUUUCUUGUAGUGGUUCAGUGUGAGCUGUACAUGUUAACAGGUGAGCUUCACCCGAGUCUGAGCGGAGUCAAUGUUUUUUGGGGUUUGAUGUAUGAUUGCAUCUGUGACAUUGGUUUUUGAAAGAAACAAAUGUAAAUAAUGUGCUAAAUUCAGUCGCAUCAUGCAUGUUCCGAUGCCGAAUGAAUGAAGCGAGAACAGUACAUUUAUCAGUUGGAUUCAUGCAUGUCUUUUUUUAUAUGUAUAAAGCGCAUUUAGAGACUUUGGUCUAAUAGUAUGUGGUUUAAUCACAAUAGAGACUCUUUAAAAGACACACAGAUGAGAUUUAAUCAGUUUAAUCGGAUAACAAUUGUAGGAAAUCAAAUUAAAUGUCAUAUUAAACCAGAAGUACAACCUCUUAGUAUUAUCCUCUGCUAGUUUCUCCAAAUGUUAUUUAUAAAAACCAAAUCGCUGUAAAUUUCAGAAAUAAAGUGACUACCAUAAAGA